UUUGUAUGAUUGUAAAAAUUUGAUUUUUUUAUAUAUAUAUAUAAAAGCCCCAAAUAAAAAAAAAAGACUCAUAUCUUUAAAAUUAAACUGUUAACUAUUAGCUCUAUCAUAUUGAUUGGAAACGAUCUAAUUUAUAAUACCUGGAAAUGUGAAUGUGUGCGCGGGCUUCUCGGUAUGUAUGUAUGCAGAAAUGUUUUUUUGUAUCAGAGAAAAUCAGUUCCUAUUGUUUUAAAUAUCAAACUGUCUUCUUACCUCAUUAUUACAUUGUUUUAAAUCUUACAUAAAAACCUAGCCAAGAGACAAAAAAGUUUUUUGGGGGGUUUUUUGCCUUCAUGCUGAUGAAAAUGUUCAUUGUUUCACAAAAUCUACUCAAACAAAAAAAUUUAUAGAAAUGGAUCAAAAUAAUGCAUCUGUAAUCAUCCUUCUUCGUCUUUGUCCUGAAAAGGGUUGUUGUCAAAAAGGUGCACUUAACCAACAUACAGAGGAAAUGCAUUUGUCUCAUUUCUAAACUAACUAAAAGAUUUUUGUGCAGAAAGUCUGAAGUGAAGAAAUGAGCCAGCGGAAAUGUUUUUGAGGGCUUUUGGCUGUGGUUUCAAAUCCUUCACCAUGUUUUGCUUUCUUCCUCCUGAACGACUUGAAGUAUCCCAGUCUUCCAGUGUUGACCCGACAGGUAGAAAGACUCGUGUGUGUUUAUCUAUGCACCCUGUGUGACUCUCAUCCGCAUGACGGGCGUAUUCAAGAAGACACCCAGCCAGACCGUCUGAAAAUGAAACUCACGUCCAUCAUCUUCCUCCUCUGUCCGAUGAUGUCGUCAUGACGCAAUAACAUGCAUACGAGCUGCCGCUUUUUCUACUCUCCUUCACCUUCUUCAUCAGCAAUACUGGGAUCCGCAGGGGGCCGGAUACUGGAACCAGGUUCCAAAACCGGUGUGAGAUCUGGUGUUUAAACAAACGAAAUUGGAGUCAAGUUUGAAUUUUACGUUGAUGAUCUCUAAUCCACACAUCGUCAAAUACGACACUGAAACUCCGUCCCAUUAUUCCAGCCUGAUAUUGGUGUGUUUUUAUUACCUUUAGGGGCAUAAGUAUUCCUGCAGCUGCAUCAAGUGUGGCAAAAAGAUAAAGAAAACUUUAUAUUUGAAUUUGUCUGGGAGAAAGGCUACUCCCUGUCAUUUUCUUAAUCGACAAAGUAGCACUUUCUCUGAAUCAGUCCGAUGUACUGCCAAUAUGUUUCGCUCUUGACCUUGGGAGGACAAUAACACCAGCCCUGAUAGGAAGUUGCUCUCUCUUCUCCUCUCACUUCUUGUAAUUCAGAAUAUGCAGCCUGACCUUGCAAAAAAAAAUAAAUAAAUAAACACGAGUCAUAUACUUUGCAUUGUUACCUGCUCAUAUUUUCCUAGCUUUUAAACUAAAUGAAGCAAAUCUAAACUGAAAUAUAAUGAAAUAAAAUACAACUUAGGGUGUAAGUGUUUUGCACACUGUGCAGAAAGUUGCUAAGAGCAGAGAAACCUGAGCAAACUGGUCCUGUUGAGGACAGACCCAGAAAACUGGACUGAACUGGACAUUUUUUUUAACUGGCUUGAUAAUUUACUGCACUCUUAGCAACUCGUGCUUUCUGUUAUACAGUAAGUCCAGUUAAACUAUGACCAUGUCACUUUAGUGUCGAAGUUCAUUUAGAAGUCAAAUCAAAGCAAAAAUAUAAUGAUUGCAUUAUCGUUGUUUCAUGUAGUUUGUAUUAGAAAGGCCCAAAUUUCACUAGUGAUCACCUGAAUGUAAGUUGUGUUCAAGCUGAAGUAUAAUUCUCAGACAUGUGGAGGAAGGUGAACUUGUCAGCAUUUUGGCCAACAUGUAAAACAUUGAGUGUUGAGUAAAAACGCUGCAUCCUGAACAUACCAUCCCAGUGGUGAAGCAUGGUGGUGGCAGCAUCAUGCUGGAAUGAGGGUUUUUUUCCACAGGAACUUAGAGGCUUGUCAAAGUUAAUAGCUUUAAAUGAAACAAAUCCAUGAGUUAGGAUGGUGUGGAAAAGAUCCCAGAUAUAAAUCUAGCUUUGGUUAGAGAUGCUCUCCAUCCAAUCAAAUUGAGUUUGAACGAAUUCGCAACAAAGAACGGGCAAAAGUUUCAGUCUCCAGACGUGCAGAGACGGAAGAUCGCUUGCUGCUGUGACUCAGGAGAAAUGUGGUCGGAUACAAACGCAAGCAACACUUUUCAGAUUUUUAGCUGGAAAAAAAAAAAAAGACGAGAAUCUUGUUUUCAUUAUUAUGCAAUAUUAAGAGUUUCCUUUCACCAUAGAACAUUUCUAGAAGUCCAAACUAAUUCAUUUGCGCCUUUUAUUAUUAAACGACGUAAAGCAGUUUGGAAUAUUUCAUGAAGCAUGAGGCGUUUUUUUUUUUUUUUUUUGCACAUAUAUUAGAACAUAAGCUGAUGGACGCAGAUAAAGUCAAACAAGUCAUUUGACAUCACUGCACACAUUCACUGCACUAAACAGCAUCUCAAGCCAACCUAACAUCAGCUGACUGUUUCAAAUUGGUCAGAAAAUAUCACCUCUUUUCUCUCCUUCUCUGAUAAAAUUCAGCUUACAUAAACAACUUGUUUGAAAUGUUUUUUGUUUUUUGUUUUCUUUUCAAUAUUUCAAAUGUUCCUCAGAAGAUAAGAUCUUCUCAGGAAGAAGAUAUGUUUGGUUACAAAGUCACUACUGUCCCUUUUGUUGUUCUGGAGGAUCCUGAGAUAAAACUUUGAACUUUUUAAGACAGUUUUUGUUGAGCUGCUGUGACGCUGCAGUUUGAGGGUGAAAUCGUACUUUUUAAAUGAAAGGCGGAUGUGAGGGGCUGGAUGAGAGGAGGAGUUUUUCUCUCACUUGUGGAAUAAAGGCGACACGGAGCAGCAGAAAGACUCUUGACACUGCAGCAACCAGAGCACAGAUGUAAGAUUUAUGUGCUUGGUAUUGCAGACAUAGUACAUUAUGGGGAAAAUUAUGUGCAAGUAGCUAAAGUACGAGUGUAUACAGUCUCUAGAGAGAGUGGCUCCCUGACCCCUGCAUUAUAACAAGUAGAGGAAUCUGAAUCUCGGAUUAGUUUUGGGGGUUUAAAUAAGGAAAAUGCAGGAUUACGAGGAGUCCGUGUUGUUUCUGGGGAGCUGGGGUCCGUUCCAGAGGAGAAUCUUCUUUGUUCUUUGCCUCACCUGCGUUCCAUGUGGAUACAACAUCCUGUCUGUCAUCUUCCUGCUGGCCAGCCCCCCACACCACUGUGACAUCCCUGCCCACAGUAACCUGAGCCAGGAGUGGAUACAGGCCAGCAUCCCAGCGGAGCAGGUGGCCGGGCAGCCGGAGAGAAGCAGCUGCAGCCGGUACGAGCAGGACCUGGUUAGGAACCUGUCUGCAAUGGGAGCCAGUCCAAACUGGUUGCAGAACCAGUCUGCGCCGGGAUCAAGGCCAGAGGUUCUCCUGUCAAGCCUGAAGCGGGAGGGCUGUAGAGAUGGAUGGACCUACAGUACGCAGUACUUCCAGUCCACUGUGGUCACGGAGUUCGACCUGGUGUGCAGCGAACAGUGGAAACAGCCUCUGACUUCUCUCGUCUACUUUCUGGGAGGACUUUCUGGAUGUUUCAUCUCCGGACUAAUCUCUGACCGGUUUGGCAGGAAGCCCGUCCUGUUCGGGUCCAUCGCCGUCCUCAGCAUCUUCAGCAGUGCGGUGGCUUUCGCUCCAUCCUGGCCUGUCUUCACUGUUCUCUUUUUUAUGCUGGGCCUGGGUCAGAUCGCCUGCUACAUUGUGGUGUUUGUGCUGGGUUCAGAAAUCCUUGUGGGCUCCAGCAGAAUCCUCUUCUCCAGCCUGGGCCAGCCUUUUGUCUAUGCAUUCUCCAUGAUGCUGCUGCCAGGAACCGCAUACCUGGUCAGGAGCUGGAGACACCUAUCGCUCAUCAUGGCUGUGCCUGGCUUGGCUUGCAUCCCCCUCUGGUGGCUGGUUCCAGAGUCUCCUCGCUGGCUGCUGUCUCGUGGCCGCUUGCAGGAGGCCGAGCUUCUGCUGAGGUCAGCGGCUCUGGUGAACCGAGUGGAGGCUCCUCCAGUCAUUUUCCUCCCUCCCAAGGCUGAAAAAGCAGCAGAGUCUGUCAGCUUCCUGGACCUGCUGAAGACUGCAAAGAUUCGGCAUAUAACACUGAAGCUGUGGCUAAUUUGGUUUUCCAUGAGUGCCAGCUACUUUGGCUUGUCCUUCAGCAUGUCCACUUUGUAUGGCAAUCUCUUCCUGAACUACUUCCUGCUCACAGUUGUGGAGCUCCCAGCAUACUUUGCCAGCUGGCUGGCUGCGCGCAGCUUUCCUCGCCGUCUUUCAUUCAUCGGUUUCUCCCUGCUGGGGGCACUGGCGCUGCUCUUCAUCCAGGGCACCAUGAAAAGUUACCCAACUCUUACCAUGUCCCUAGUACUGUUGGGUAAAUUUGGUGUUCUGGCAGGAAAUGGGGUGGUGUACACCUAUACUGGAGAGCUGUCUCCCACAGUCAUCAGAAAUACGGCAAUGUCUUCCUGUGCCAUGUUCUCCAGAGUGGGUUCCUCUGUGUCACCAUAUUUGCUUGAGAUGGCUGAGUUUAACAAGCUCCUACCCUGGAUUACUUUGGGUGUUCUGUCACUUCUCGGCGUUCUUCUCUGCAUCUUUCUGCCAGAAACGUUCCGACAGCCACUUCCUGAUACCAUUGAGCAGAUGCCGGUGACACAGUGGUUUGCAUGUCCCUGGGCCUCCAAAACUGCUUUGAAGGAAGAAGAAAAAAUCGCUAAGGAGCAGACUCCAUCAAUUGAGAUCAUCUGCACAACUUGUUUAUAAAGCAACCACUGAUAUCAUAUCUACCAGUACCAAGGUGCAUGUUUUUUUAUUUUGGAAAUGCUCCUCGGUAACUGAAGGAGUUUGAAGUCAUGCAUCAACAACUCUUCCAUACAGCACGAACGGAGGGGUUGUGGGACUCAGAAACAACCUAAACUCAAAUUGACCUAAGAGUGAGAGACAUGAAAGCACACGGCAGUCUGCUGCAGCAAAUAACUUUUGCGCUUUGUUUUACUGAAGGACUGAAAUGCUGGAACUGAGAUGAGGAGCAUAAUAUACGUAGAACUGAAAAUGGAAGAACACUACGGAGAAAUCCUAUGAUGGUUUUCUGACAUAAGUAAUUUCUGAAUAUUCAGUUAGUUAAAUUAUAAAAUUGUUUUGGAAAUUA